UUCAAACUCGAUAUGAUUACUUCACCCUAGAAACAUCUCCGGAUUCCCACAAGAAUAUAUAAGCCUCCCUUCUGCUCCGGCCUCUUAUAUUACACAAAAAUCCAGCGUUCUUCCAUAUCCAGGUACGUCACCUCUGAUGUUCAUCUUUAGUCUUCGCUGUUUUAGCUUCCAAUCGGAUCAAAUAUCGCAUACAAAAAUCAAGUCCGGAUUCAGUUAUCUAGAUAUGAAACACAAUGUUUGAUUCCCUCCUGAAUUUUUAGAUCCAUGUUUUUCAGGCCUUGUCUUUUCUAGUCAAAGUCUUUUAGCGUUGCAGUGUGGAGUCUUUUAUGUCCGAACAAGCCAUUCUCUAUUCCGGGACAAUUGGGCUACUUGGAAAGUAUUGUCCUAAGUCAAGGAAAAAGAACCCUCAUUUUUCUGAUAAAAUUGAAUGUAUACAUCUUGGACCAUUUCCGGAGCAACUAGCAAACCAGUAUCUUUGUGCUGACAAUCCCCUUGAAGGCUUCUUCACCUUCCCAAAUCCCAAUCACUUGCUGCUCUGAUACUCACAAACAUUUCAAACAUGGCGUUGCAGAACAUAGGUGCGGGUAACAGAGAUGAUGCCUUCUACAGGUACAAGAUGCCAAGAAUGAUUACCAAGAUUGAGGGACGUGGAAACGGUAUAAAGACUAAUGUUGUCAACAUGGUUGAUAUAGCUAAAGCUUUAGCCAGGCCGCCUUCCUACACAACAAAAUACUUCGGUUGUGAACUUGGAGCACAAUCUAAAUUUGAUGAAAAAACAGGCAUCUCACUCGUCAAUGGAGCCCAUGACACUGCCAAACUUGCUGGUCUUCUCGAAAACUUCAUUAAGAAGUAUGUUCAGUGUUAUGGAUGUGGAAACCCCGAAACAGAGAUCUUGAUCACUAAAAGCCAAAUGGUCCAACUGAAAUGUGCUGCCUGUGGUUUCAUUUCUGACGUCGACAUGAGGGACAAACUGACUUCAUUUAUCCUUAAGAACCCACCUGAAUCCAAAAAGAAUUCAAAGGAUAAGAAGUCAUUGAGGAGGGCUGAGAAAGAAAGGCUCAAGGAAGGUGAGGCUGCUGAUGAGGAACUUAAGAAGGCUAAGAAAGAUGCAAAGAAAAAAGUUACUUUAAAGGAUGCCCCUAUUGUUAAAACUAGCUCUAAAAAGAAAACCCUUGGUGGUGAUGGUAAUCUUGCUUCCCCGCCUAGAAACCAUGUUAAUGAGGAUGAAGAUGACAAUGAUGAAGAUGAUGAUGAUGAUGUGACUUGGCAAACUGACACGUCAAUGGAGGCCGCACGCCAACGCAUCCAAGAACAGCUUAAUGCGGUAACUGCUGACAUGGUUAUGCUUUCCACAAAUGAUGAUGACACCUCUAAGAAGUCCAAGAAAGUCAAUAAGACCGAGGAAAGCCUAAAACCCGCUUCUUCCCCACCAUCUGAUGAGGCGGAGAAAAAUGAAACCUCCUCUCAUGAGAAGCUUGUAGAUGAGUUAAAGGAGAAUAUGAAGCAAGGCAUCAGCACCAGCCAAUUCUUGUCUGUUCUUGGAUCUCUUUCUGGGACUCCACAAGAGAUCAUGACUGCCUUGUAUGAAUCUCUCUUGGACGGUGUAGACAAAGGAUAUGCGAAGGUGAUUGUCAAGAAAAAGAACUAUCUUGCAGCUGCUAUGUCUCAGAAUGAAGGGUCACAAGUGUAUUUGCUGAAUGCCAUAGGAGAGUUCUGUGGAAAAACAAAUUCUGCUGCGGUGAAGGAAGUUGCAUUGGUUUUGAAAGCUUUGUAUGAUGCUGAUAUCCUCGAGGAAGAGUAUAUAGUGGAGUGGUACAAUGGAGGUGUUAAGGAGUAUAAUGAUUCCCCUCUUUGGAAGAAUGCUAAACCAUUUGUUGAUUGGCUUCAAAGUGCAGAAUCUGAAACCGAGGAGGAAUGAAAGCUGUUGCUUCUAUAUUCAUACAUGCUCCUCAUAUGUGUUUGAUUUUCAUUGUUUUCUGCACGGUAAACUAUAUACUUAACUUUUCUGGUUUCUGUUUUCAAGUGUCUUGACCUCCUAGUUGGUUACUUGGUUAUGUGUGUUUGCUGUCUCAAGUUAUGUCAUGUUUUAUGGUUUCACGGUUGUGAAACAUUACCCAUAUGAGUUUGUCUUUGAACUUCAGUUGCAAAAUAAUGCAUGUGUUUUCUAUCACGUCUUGUUACUUUGUUCUCUACUCUUGUUCCGUGAAAACAUUAAUGUUACCGCCUACCAAUUCAAGUCUGUUUUUUU